AUAAAUUGUAUAAUUUAUUUUUAUCUAUAUUUAAUGUUAUAUAUAUGUGCUAUAAGAUUUAAUGCGACGGAAAAUCUUGAUUUUUAGAGUGAACUAAACAAGACCUAAAGCAAGGGAACACCUUAAAACCCGGUGUACUGUAUACUGCGCACGGUGCAGAUCCACCGUAAACAGGAAGGACGACAACGAGAGGCAGAGCUGGAGAAGGGAGCUAGCCCGUACACCACCCCUUGCCGCUCCGCCUCCACGUGUCUGCCGUCCGCGCCUCUCUGCCGACCUCACGCUGUCAUCCGUAAUGGUUAUGAAAUAGCUAGCUAAGAGGAAUUCUAUUGGCUCUCAAUAACACUUUAUAAAUAGCUAGCAAGAUGAUGUAUAAAAAUAAUAAAAAAGUAGCACUCUCAUUGGCUAUCGAGGAGAGAGAUCAAAUAGCUAUCGACUUCCUAAUAGCUAGCGACUCAUAAAUUGCUAAUGUAGCACAAUCUUCUAGAAAUAGCUCUCUCACAAUACUCUCCACAAUAGCCAGCGACUUUCUAAUAGCUAGCGACUUCUUAAGCUAGCUAUUUACAAAUUACCAUUGAGAGCCAAUAAUAUUCUUCCUAGGAUGAAAUAGCUAGCGAUUUGAACACCAUUGCGGACGCCCUUGUCCCUCCACGGAAGAAGGAUGCGUCAACCACGUAGACCGGGCCCCGCCCGCCUCCCCCUCCCCACACAACCAACGUGCCACGCGACCCCACCCCCUCGACCUCGAGCCACAGCGACCGUGGCGAAACACCAAACACCGCGCGCCGGGCCGGCCGAACCGCCCCCCGUCCCCGUUGAUACUCGUGGCACGCAGCCGCGCGCCCCAGCUCGCUACCGCCUGGUGGACGCGCCCACGCGUCGACACGCGUCCCGCGGGCACGUACCGGCCACGGGCGCGCGUCACGUGGGGCGUAUCCGACGGCUUCGACAACUGUACGGGGGCCGGCUCGGCGGGCCGCGUGGCGCGUGGCCUCCCUGCCCGCCUUUUAUAUCCCCGGGGCACCACUUGGAACCCAACCCCUCUCGCUCUCAAGCCCUCAAAUCCCACUACCGAAAGGAAAACGAGAGCAGCAGCAGCAGCACCCGCGGCCGCGGGCUCCAUUUAUUCUUCCUUGCUUGAGCACUCGCCUUUGCCUGCCUGCGCAACGCGUACUUGAUUUCAGGAGAGUUUAGCUAGCUUUGGUGGCAUCGGUUCUUUGUUUCAUGGCCGAGAUCUGCUGCGAGGUGGCGGCGACCGGGUCGGACCGGAAGGGGGAGUGCGUCGGCGGGGACGCCGGCAGCCGAGCGGCGCGGAAGCGGAGGAUGGAGAUCCGGCGGCUCAGGGUGGUGGCCGAGGAGGCGUCCGCCAAGAGGCGGAGGCUGGAGGCGGAUGAGGAAGACGCGGUAAGGAGACCGGCGCCGAGGUACGGCGUGACGUCGGUCUGCGGGCGGCGGAGGGACAUGGAGGACGCGGUGACCACCCGGCUUGGGUUCAUCGACGGCCACCACUUCUUUGGGGUGUUCGACGGCCACGGCUGCUCACACGUGGCGACGUCGUGCGGGCAGCGGAUGCACCAGAUCGUGGCCGAGGAGGCGACCGCCGCCGCGGGCUCGUCGGCUUCGGACGACGCGGCGCGGUGGAGGGAUGUCAUGGAGAAGAGCUACUCGAGGAUGGACGCCGAGGCCGUCGGCUCCAGGGACACCGCCGGCCCGGCGCCCACCUGCCGUUGCGAGAUGCAGCUUCCCAAGUGCGACCACGUGGGCUCCACGGCCGUCGUCGCCGUGGUGGGGCCACGCCACCUCGUCGUCGCCAACUGCGGCGACUCCCGCGCGGUCCUCUGCAGCGGAGGCGCCGCGAUCCCUCUCUCUGAUGACCACAAGCCUGACCGCCCCGACGAGCUGGAACGGAUCCACGCAGCGGGAGGGCGCGUCAUCUUCUGGGACGGCGCCCGCGUCUUCGGCAUGCUCGCCAUGUCCCGCGCCAUCGGCGACAGCUACCUGAAGCCGUUCGUGAUAUCGGACCCGGAGGUGCGGGUGGUGGAGAGGAAGGACGGCGAGGACGAGUUCCUGAUCCUGGCCAGCGACGGGCUGUGGGAUGUGGUGAGCAACGAGGUGGCGUGCAAGGUCGUGCGCACCUGCCUCCGGAACAGAGCGCCGCCGCACCCGCACGGCGGGGACGGGGAGCGUUCGAGCCCAACCUCCAACCUGAGCCCCAGGCAGAGCAGCGGCAGCGGCAGCAGCAGCGGGGACGAGGAGGGCGCUGGGCCCAGCGACGGCGCAGGGUCCGAGAGCGACGGCGACGGCGAGAGCAGCGAGGACAGGGCGUGCUCCGAGGCGGCCAUCCUGCUGACCAAGCUAGCCCUGGCGCGGCAGACCGCGGACAACGUCAGCGUCGUCGUCGUCAACCUCAGGCGGCGCAGGAGGUCGUGAUCGGCGGAUCCAACGGACUAGCCGUUCUUGGCUGAUUGAUUUGCUGGCCGUCCGUGAAUUCAAAUCGGAGCCACAGUUCACAUUUGCUUCGGCCGUGCAAUCAUUGAACAAAUGUCAAAGCAAAGAUCGAACAGAACAGUGAGAUCCUUAGCAGAAUUGCAUACUGCUUCCUUUUAUAUACAGUAGUGCAGCAGGAUUAUUUCGUUAGCAUUUCUUUUAGGCUGAUCUGGUCGGAAAGAUCAGCCCGUCUUUCUUCUUCCCCGAGCAAAAUUCUCCAAAUAGAAAAGCUUGCUCGUGCCUUUCCGAUGUUUGAAGAAACUUUAUCAAGCGUCCGAGAAGUUAAUUAAUUGUAAUAUACUAGUCCAGUGCCCCUUUCACUAGCCAAA